CUACUCGUUCUUUCACGAAGAGACCUUCCGGCCAUCGUUGAUGCGUCGUGCCACCUACAACUGCCGUUUGAUGAGUCAACAUGGAGGGACGGCCUCGGGGUUAAAACACAGUCGUUGGACGAGAUGACGAACCGGACUCUCUCAAUAUGCCAAUGCCCUUUUGCACAGGUCAUUGCUAUUGCGCAGAUCCUCGGUCGAUGUGCACAAUACGUACUUCAAGACUUUAACAUUAGAGGCCCGCAUCCACCUUGGGAUCCUGGCUCGGACUUCGCCGGCAUCGAGUCCGAUCUUCUACAUUUCGAAGCAUACCUAGAGAUGCAGAGACCAAACGAUGAGAUACUCGCACCCUAUAUCUUAGCUGAAGGCUUGGUGGACAGCCAGUCCUCUGGUCCGAUCAUCUUCUCUCGGGCACUAUUUCACCUCUGCUAUUGUCUGCUCAAUCAUCCCUUCUUACUACGUCGCCGCAUCAACACAUGCCGGAACCUGGCCCCGAUCAGUUUUAUCAGGCGAUCAUCUGACUUGGCUUGGCUUCAUGCACAGCAGAUGAUGGCUCUUAUCCGCGACUCGCGCAGGCUGGGCUUCUCGUUUCACUCAUCGUCUAGCGGCUAUGCUGUGACAGUCGCAGGCUCCAUUAUCGCUUUACGGGCAUAUGACGAGGAUUCGCCAACUUGCCAAGAGGCUCACCUACUACUUGAAGAGGCCCUGGGCUAUCUGGACCUCAUUGGCCAACAUUGGAGUAAUGUCAGAACAAUGGCUUCGACGCUUCGUCGGAUAGUCUACGAUGGGAUUUCAGGACGUCCCUCGAAUAGUCUCACCCAAGGUUUGAGCUUGACGCCUGAACAGGAAGAAGCUAUGUGGUCUUUGGUUGACUACAACACGAUGUCAAAUCAACUCAGCCAAGAUGCUCAAACGAGUGAGCAGGAAUCAGAUAGUCUAAUGCCAAAUUCUUGGAUCGACUUGUUUGGUCCCAUCGAUUAUGCUUUGCUAUCUAGUUUUAAUGCGGCAACUCAAGAAUGA